AAUGUUUGCAUAGAGUGGCAAAAGUAAAAACUAAUUAAUAAAAUAUUAUAGUAUCGGAGGAUAAAUGUAAGAUUCACAAUAAUGCUUAUGAUUGUGUAAGCUUAAAUUAUACAGACAGGAGUUAAACAUUUAAAGCAUGUUCUCAAUGCAAAUAAUAAAGAACAAAGGAAUAAUUUAUUUCUUUUAAAGAGAUAUAAAAUAAACUCUAAACUUAAAUAUCAAAUGAUUUAGUUGGAGAAUUCAAAUUAAAAUUGACUCCAUUAUUUGAUGAGACAGAAUAAUUAAGAACAAAAUUAUUAUAAUUAGCAGAUGAUAUUUAUAAGAUAUUGCUUAAUAGCAUCCAUAAUUUAUUUGUUAAUUGUUUAUUUAAAUAGUUGCCCAAUAAUUUAUUUACUACAUAGGACAUAUUCGAUGUAAUCAAUUUUGAUUAUCUAAUUAUAGUUAAUGACUCCAAAAACUAUUGAUGAUUUCACUUCAAUAAUUGAUUAAUAGAUUUCAUUUUAGAAAGGAGAGGAUUCAAGUGCUAGUUUAUUGACUAAAGUGCUGUUUAAUGAUUAAGAAGCUAGACAAUUUUUAGAUGCAUUAACAGAAACAUAAGGGGUAAAAUAGAAAUUGGAAAAAGUUCAUAGUGAGUUUGUUUAACAUAAGAAUGAUAUUUCUAAGAAAAUUGAUUAAAUAAGUAAAUAAGUAUGAUCAUAAAUCUGAUUUAAUUUUAGAGUGUAGUAGAGGUUCCAAAAGUAGAUUUAAAUGAACCUGUACUAUAAUUUUUAAUUGAAAAAAAUAAGUAAGAACAAGAGUAUUUAGUUGAAGCAAUAAAAGAAGUAAUAAUAAUUAAUUAAAUAAAGAUAUAAGGAGUGACUGAUUUUUUAAUUGAACCAAAUCAAGAAGAGAAGUAAGAGAAUCCUUAAGUAAAAUCGAUAAUCUCAAUUAAUUAACAACUUCUUGCAUAUAGUUCUUAAACAAGGAUUUUUAUAUUUGAUAAAACAAAAAACUUUUAAUUCAUAUAAUAAUUAGAUUGUGAAAAUGAUAUUUCAGCUUUACGUUCAGUGACAUUAGAAGAUAAUAAAACAUAUAUAAUUGCAAGGUAUAAUAAGGAAUAAUAAUAAGUGUUGAAGAAAAUGAAGAAUCAUUUUAAUUAUAAUUUUGGGAUUGGGAAACUUUUGAUAAAUGGAAAGUGAUUAAUGCUCAUAAUAAAUAUAUAUGGUAGAUUAUUAAUUUACCUAAAAAUCUAAUAGCAUCAUGUUCAGAAGAUGAAGUAUAUAUAUAAUAUUAAUAUAAGACAAUUAAAAUAUUUGAUGCUUAAACAUAAUAAUAAGUAUAAACUAUUGCUGUUCAUUAAGCAAGUGUUAAUGACAUUGCUUUAAUAAAUCCAAAUAUUAUAGUCUCAGUUUCAGAUGAUGGUACACUUGUAGCAUCCAAUUAUUUGAAUGGUGAUUUAGUAGGAAUUGUUCCAUAAGAUAGUGAAAUUAAAUCAGUGAUUGCUUUAGAUGGGAUUAGAUUUGUUACUGGAAAUAGUUCUGGAGAAAUAAUAAUCUAUUCAUUUGUUUAAUCAAUAGAAAUUUAGUAAGUUAUUAAAGCUCAUGAUUCUGUAGUUAGAUUUCUUAGUAGAAUAGACUAAAAGUAAAUAAAUAGUUUAAUUUUCUAUUAGAUUAUUUGUAUCUUCUUCUUGGGAUGGUACUCACAAAUUCAUCUCUAUAAUUGAUGGGGAAAUUAAAGUUAUUAAUGGUCCUAAAAAGAAUUUCUCUGAACCACUACUUUGGAUUCAAGAUAUUGGUUGUCUAGUAGCCUCAGGAGGUGGAAUUCUAUAAAAAUACAAAUGA